CACGAGUCUGUGUCAGUCAUUUGACUUAUGCGACCAGCAAAUAGGAGAUGAAAGGCAGGGUCUGAGGUUGUUUUCACCGAGAAGGGAUAGAGAGGAGACAGCACUGAUAUGGGUGAGGCUCAGUCGAGGUCAGAGAUGCUUCAUCAUCAGGACCAACCUCUGAACUCGGCCUAUGGCGGGCAGGGAGGCGCCUCACUUCGGAACAGAAAGUGUGACAAGGAUGGCAACUUCAACUUCCUGCUCGGCAAAGAUAACGAGGGCUUCACAAGCAACGGAGGAGGAGACGAGAACCGAAACCAGGUGCGGCCACGUAACUUGGGGCCUCUGGGUCGCGACCCUCCGAACUCCUCGCCAUCUUCUGGGUAUCACCACAACUCAGGGCUCAUGUCACCGCGAUCCCGCCUGCCCUGCUGGAGCCCCCUGGAGCCCCUGCCCGAAAUCGAGAGCGGGGAUGACGGGUAUGGGCGAGUUCCCCCUGAUGGAGCGGAGGAAGGGAGGAUGGAGGAAGAGGAGGGAAGGCUGAUGAUGAGACAGAAUGAGGAGAAGGAGAGGGAGAGAGGGCAGAUGCAGAGGAGGAAAGUCAGCUUGGGAUUCAGAGGAAGAGACGAAGAUGAGGAAGAGCUGGGGCUGGACGAUGACGAUGACGAGUGGGGAGACAGCGACUCUGAGUCCGAGUUCAGCUACAGGUCCGGCGGCAGCAUGUCCUCCCUCAACAUGGAGAGUGGAGGAGAAGGGAUGCUGAUGGGGGGCUGGGACCGCAUCGGAGUCGGGGAACCAAAAUCGAACCAACAGGAGAGUAACUACACCAGAAACAGCAACAGAAACCCAGCUGCAAGACACCAGAGCUUAGUCCGCAAGUCGCUGACAGGAAGCAACCUGGGAAAUCUUCUGGAGGAAGGAGCAGAAGAACAAGAUGACAAUGACCAGUCUUCAGACUCAGACGGUGAGCUGCCAGAGCUGAUGGACGCCGUCUGGACGCUGCGGGACCGCGAACGCUUCAAGGCCCAAGAGAUGGAGAAGCACCAGGUGCAGCUGACCAUGUAUCGCCGCUUGGCGCUGAUCCGCUGGGUCCGCACGCUGCAGGGUCGCAUCCAGGAGCAGCAGAACCGCCUGCAGUCCAGUUUUGACGUCAUCCUCACGCACAGGAAGGAACUGCUACGCAUGGGUGCCGCCGCCGCCGCCACUGUGGCCAACACUGCUCCCACCGCUGCUGUGGGCCAGUCAUAAACCAAGAGACAGAGAGAGGGGCGAGGAACUGACAGGAAGUGAUUAAAAAGCAGCAUUUUUGCUCUGUUUGCUUCUAUCCUGAAGACAUUUCCCCUGAAAAAAAAAGACAAUCCCCCCCCCAUCAUCCUGUGUGAUGUUUUCAUGCCUCACACUCGUGUUGCUGAUUGUAAUGAUACAAAAACUUUUGUUUUUGUUGAUUUUCUUUGCUGGCGUCCCACCCAGAGCAUCAAUAAAUGUAUUCAUUUCAGCUUCAUUCAGGUGGACCUGAACCCCUGUCCCUUCACCAAACCAAAAUGUAUGACUUAGGACGUUCAGUUUUCUGACCACAGCAAUGAAGAAACUGAACUUUACUGUGAGAUUAAUAUGAUGUUCAUAUCAAAAGUGUUCUGCGCGUGUAUGCUGUUGUUGUUUGUCUUGACCUGUGAGUAGAAAACACCUGCUGCACCAAAAAAGUAUUGGAGAAUAUCAUUGAUUUAACAGUGUUAGAGAUGAUUUAUAUCCUGAGAUGCUGUAAAUAAUUAUAAUAAAUGAAAAGAAUAAAUAAAAUGACCUGA